AUUUCUGUUUCUGCAUGCAUGAAACCCUCCAUAUUUUCUCAUCAAUCUAACUAACAAUGGCAAUCUCUCCAUCAUCUGUUCUACUCAUCACUCUUCUCUUUCUCCUUGCACCCAUAUACACUCAUUCCAAUUCUUCUGACGACUUACUCUCCGAACUGAUCAACCUCCGAUCACAAUCACCCACCGGCGUUAUCCACCUCAAUGACUCCCUUCUCCAACGCAUCCUCUCUAUCCCUUCCCCUAAACCUUUCUCUUCCCUCAUUUUCUUUGACGCCAAACAGCUCCACUCGAAACCCGACAUCAAUCUCCCUGCUUUCAAGCGUGAAUUCUCCCUUCUCUCCUUUUCUUUCCUCGUCAACCACCCCAAAAACAGCAACAACACUCACAUCUUCUUCUUCGUCAUUGAGUUUCAAGAAUCUCAAUCUUCUUUCGCCUUGUUUGAACUCAAGUCUUUACCCCAUAUUCGGUUAUUACCCUUUUUUUUAACGGAUUUGAAAAGGGAUAGUGUUCCAAUGGAUGCUUCCGGUUAUUCAAGGGGAGCUGAGUCGAUGAAGGAGUUUGUAGAGGCGAAUGUGGAGGUUAAUGUGGGUCCCAUUCAUCGACCCCCAGCAAUUUCCAAGAAAAUGAUGGCUGCUAUUGGUGGUGUAUUCUUGAUUUGGAGUCCAUUUUUGGUGAAAAAGAUUAUUUCUGGAAAAACCCUAUUGCAUGAUAAGUAUAUGUGGAUGACCGGGUCGAUUUUCGUGUACUUUUUUAGUGUUUCAGGGACAAUGCAUAGUAUAAUUAGGAAAGUGCCGAUGUAUUUGGAGGAUAGGAAUGAUGCAGGGAAUUCGAAGAUGAUUUUCUUUUACCAAGCAUCUGGGAUGCAGUUAGGGACUGAAGGUUUUGCUGUUGGAUUCUUGUACAUGGUUGUUGGAUUGUUAUUGGCAUUUAUGACUCAUGUUUUGGUUUUUGUGAAGAACAGGACAGCGCAGAGGUUGUUUAUGGCUUUUGGGCUCAUCGUUUCAUUUUGGGCAGUAAAGAAGGUGAUUUACUUGGAUAAUUGGAAGACUGGAUAUGGUGUUCAUGCUUAUUGGCCUUCAAGUUGGAUGUAGCAAUGUAGUUUCUAUAGCCGAUACAUUUAGCUGGUAUUCUCUUAGGUAAGAUCUAGGUCUGUAGUAGUUUAUACUCAACCAAUAAUAGUUGACUGAUAAGUUUCAGCUUAGAUUUAUGGAUCUUUGUACCUGUAGUGAAGCAUGUAUGUGCCAGUUGAAGUUUUGAAAUAUGUUUUGCUAGAAUUUGCACUCUGUA